CCAAUCAUUUAAAGUCUACCCUACCUAUCGUGCCUGCUCGCAAGAGCGUAAAUUCCACGACUCCAUUAAAAACUACUCAAAAGCCAUACAAACCCCUUAACACCCUUAUUGCACUCUAUUCUUUUGUGUCUCUCUCUUUCCUUCUAAUCAUCACCAUCAAAAAGUGCUCAACAACUUUAUGUUAUGUUAUGUUAUUGUUACCAACAAAAUCAUUAACAUUCCCGAAUUCCCCAUCUUACAAGGAAUAAAAAACACGGUGCAAUCACUGACACGUACGGUGGGUAUUAAUUAGGUUUUCUCAUGCGCUAAACAUUCCAUUCACUUGCUUUUGCAGCAAAACAUAAAAAAAAAAACCCAUCAGCUAUGGGCAUCCACACGGAUUGCCCUGCACCAGCACCAUUGUCGAUGAAUUUGGAUCAUGCUCGUGCUUGUGUUCUUCUUCUUAUUUUUCUUAUGCCGUCUGCUACGGCACAGUUACAAAACUCGCCGCCACCGCCACCGUUGGAUCCUUUCACGAGGUUAAGGUUCGACAAGACCAUGGCUGCGGUUUUGGUAAUCCUCGUAGUGGUUUUCUUCGCGUUUGGGUUUGUUUCUAUCUACACGCGCCAAUGCGCGGAGAGGAGGAUCAGAGGGAGGCUCGACCUGGCGGUGGCGAUCGCCGGCGGGAUGGAGCGCCGGCAGCACCGCGGCCUCGACGCGGCGGUGGUAGAGACGUUCCCGACCUUCGUGUACUUCGAGGUUAAGGCACUGAAGAUCGGAAGGGCCACGCUGGAAUGCGCCGUGUGCCUCAACGAGUUCCGCGACGACGAAACGCUGCGUUUGAUCCCCAAGUGCUGCCACGUGUUCCACUCCGAUUGCAUCGACGCGUGGCUGGCGAAUCACUCCACUUGUCCCGUUUGCCGCGCCAACCUCGCGCCCAAGCCCGAGGACGCGCCAUCUUCCGUUGAGAUUCAGCUUUCAGAUCCGGCCCGGCCCAUUGGGCCCAAUGAGCCCGGUCAUGAUCCGAAUUACAUCAACCCGGUGGAGGAGCGCGAAGGUGAACAAAACAGAAUCGUUACGGAGCCUCCACGUGUUUUAGAUGAUCCCAACCGGGCCCGUCCGGUUCGGUCUAAAUCGACCGGGUUUGGCAUUGCAAGGCUGUUUCCGCGAUCUCACUCGACGGGUCACUCGUUGGUUCGACCGGGUGAGGAUUGUGAGCGGUUCACGCUGCGGUUGCCGGAAGAGGUGCGGGACCGGCUCGUGCGAUCCGCGACGCUGAACCGGACGAAGAGUUGCGGGAUGACAUGGCAGCUGGAGAGCAGCGAGAGAAGGGGUUACCGGACGGGGAGUGUGGGGAGGUACGAGCGGUUCGGUGGGGGAGGGCCGGUUGGACCGGUGGGGUUCAUGUGGACCCCACCGUUUUGGGGUAGGACCGGUUCGGUGAAGUCACCUAAGGCAACAAGGGUGAAGGAUGAAGUUGACGCGGGAGAACGUUCCUCUGAUCGUUUGUUUUCCAAGGAUUGAGGAUAUGAGGUUGGAUGUGGAAAAAAAUCAGUUGGGUUUCUUAUCAUCAUUAUAUAUAUAUAUAUAUAUAUAUAUAUAUAUAUAGAAUCCAUAUGUUCAUAGAAUUUCAUUUUAAUUUUUGGAUUGCAUUUUAUAUUAUCUGUAUUUGUUAAUUGAAAACAUGGGCAUUUCCUCCUGUGUAAACUCUUAUGGUAAACUUUAAGUGCUUAAUCUUAAAGGUACGGUAAUUUUUAUA